UACUAUCCUCUUGCUGUUUCCGACACAACCAUCAACUCUACUUGGCGGCCUCUUCGCACAAAAACAACGUCAGCAGUUUUACGCAUCUUUACGCGCGCACUAUUCCGCUUCGUCGUCCGCACUGCUCGGCGACAUUACAAUGGCUCCACGCAAGUUGAUCAACACUGCAGAGCAGUUGUAUCAGACGUUCACACGUCUGAACAACGAGCUCGGAGAAGGAAACAAGAAUGCCCAUGGCAUUGUUGCUCUACACCCUACUGGCCAUUGGUAUGGCAAUGUUGAGACUGAGUACUACGCCAGAAAGGCGUUUGAUCUGGAUUGUCUACAAGUCCUGCGUCCUGAAGGCUGGUUGGAAAGGGGUAUGCGCAAGGAGGGUGUCGAUGAGUUCUGGGCGCUCGAUCGUCUCAUCGCUGCAGCCAUGGAAUACACUGGCGAUGAGUACGAGAGUUUGAUGAAAGUUUUCUUCCGUGCCUGGGAGAAUGAUCUCAAGCCGGAUGGACGUCCCCAGAAGAACAAGGCCGCGUGGGUUCGUUGGUGUGAGCUGCACCUGGUCCGCCACCACAGAAUGGCAAAAGCUGAGCGUGCUGUCGACGUCCUUCACGAGCUUGGCCUUCUCUACCCCGGCUGGUGGAAGCAAAUCUACGCGCAACUCCACGGUACCGCUGUUCCUGCCGCCAACUACGUUUCGCCUUGGGACGACCAACCAUCCAUCAACCUUGCUGAAGUGCACGCACUGAACCAGACCUACGCCAGAGUCACACGCACUAUCAUUCCUCUCAAAGACCAGCCUGCCAUGCCUCCCCAGCGCUCCAACCGCGAGUCCACCAAGACCGGCCCUCGCGCACCUCGCAAGCAAAACGUCCACAAGAAACCUGCCGACUCAGCCAUGGACUCUCCCGAAAGCGAGUCUGAGAUCGACGAGCCUGCCAACAAGCGCGUCAAGACCAACUACUUCCGUGAGGCGCUCGAGGAUACCCUUGCUGCCGCUGCCUCCUCCGCUGCCGCCGACGCCAGACGCGCCGACAACGACAAGGGUGAUGAUUCCGACGCUUCAUUCACCCCCGAAGACUUCUACCCCGAUUGGAUCCACGAGCACGAUGCCAUCGUCGGCAGACCCGCCACCACCCACCCUCAACUCUCUCACACCAUCGGUUUCGCUCCCGGCGCCGACGCAUGGCGCGCACUCAACGAGCCCGACUUCGCCGCAGCCACUCGCUUCAAUCCUCAGCUGAACGCUACCACUGCUGUCGACUCGGCUCACCAGGAUGCCGUUCGUCGUGCUCGUGCUCAAGGCGCAGGCACUUCUGCCAGUGUCCCUGCCGUUGAUCCUUACGCCAACGCCAUGAAGAAGGGCAGCGAGGAUGUCGUUUGGUACACCCCUACCGAAGAGGACCUCGCCAUGCUGCCUCCCAACGACGGCUACUAAAUGGUCCUUCACUUCACGAACGACCCCUUCACUUCACGAGUGGUCCUUCACUUCACGAACGACGCCUUCA